AUGGCAAAGCUCAAAAUGAUGUUUGUCACUCUUUUCCCCCUUCUUCUCUGGGUGGUUCUGGCAGUCGCCCAGACAUCGGACCCUGACACGUUCAGAACCAAGCGACUACCCGUGCAGCCUCCUGCAUUGGACCAAUACACCUCACAAGGCUGUUUCAGUAAGCUUCCGAGCCAAUUCACCUUCUUUCGGCGGACAAAUAUGGCCCCAAAUUGGUGCUAUCACCAAUGCAAGGGCCGGCAAUACAGUGUUAUGCUCAUGAACGGCGAUAAGUGCUACUGCGCCGACAAGUAUCCAACCGAACGGUCACUACUCCCUGAAGAACGAUGCAUACUACCAUGUUCCGGCAAACACCAUUGGGUGUGUGGUGGUCCAGGAGCCUACAGCGUCUACAAUCUGGGCAUCAAGUUGGACAUCGAGCAUGAGCCUCUUCCUCCCCCACGGUCUCAGGGCACCGUCGCAGUAACUGGGCAGCAGCCUAAGCGACUUGCAACUUCCCACCAGUUCGUCUCGCAGGGAUGUUUCAAGCAGCUUCCCAAGGGCGCAGUUCGUACGCCGUUGCGCGCGCGCAGCACAAGUGAUUUUCUCAAGUCCUGUACCAACCUUUGUCGGAUCAGGAGCAAAACGAUUGCCAUGAUCCAUGGCUCUGAGUGUCACUGCGCCACUACCUACCCACCUAAGACGGCAUUGGUUGACGAUGAGUCUUGUGGGAUCCCAUGCCGUGGCAGCACUGAUCAUAUGUGUGGUGGCCAUUCAUUUAUGUACACUGCGUACCUCACCGGGCUCUCGCAAAAGGUCAAGCAUCAGGUUGGAACUGUCGACGGUCCUUCUGAGCAGAGUCCCUUUAUGGAGCUGACCUUAGUCCGGAUGACAUACCACGGCUGCUACAACUCGCGCCCCAGGGAGUUUACCCGACGACCCAAGGGCAGGGAAUCAACCAACACGGUUACUAGCUGUCCUCGGUACUGCAGACGCAUGGGAAAGCCCGUUGCGUUGAUGUAUGAACAGAGUUGCUUCUGCUCGGACACAUAUCCCAAGAGAAGCUCCAGAGUGAAGGACCGGCAAUGCGAUAUCCCAUGUCCUGGAUAUCUGCCACAGGCCUGCGGCGGACGCGAGGCUCUCCUUAGCGUUAUGAAUACGGGGUUGCAGCCUCUCGUCGCCGAUGACAAAGAGGAUCACGAGUUGCCAAAGCUACCGUUCUAUGGUUGUUUCAAUGACACACCAGCGAGUUAUAAGACCGUAGACCAUAGGUCUUUCAACCGCGAGACUCAGGGAGAUUCUUGCACAUACGCAUGCACUGCAAAUGGAUAUCCUGUCGCACUAAGACAGGGUGGCGGCUGCCAUUGCUCUCGCUCAUACCCGCCGCCAUCAUCACGGGUCAAUGAAACGCAGUGCCGGUUUGAAUGUCCAUUUGAUGCCCGUGAGAUGUGCGGUGGCCCCCUCGUGUACAACGUCUAUCGUACGAGGCUAGACUGGGCUGUGGAUGAUGAACUAGAGGAUCUGAGCACUUCUGCAGUGACGAGACCUUGGAAGUGUUCCCAUCCGGUUAUACAGCAGGUCAAGAAAACCGCCUCCUGGAUUAUGAGUGGGGCUAUGGUCAUCAUCUACCGUAUCGAAUGGGCUUUGUACGUAGUUUUCUGGGAGGUGAAGCGGCUGGUCAUCAACAUUGUCAGUCCUGUGAGAUGGAUAUGGGGUGGGAUCAGCGAAGUGAUGGACCUUUAA